CAGCAGCUGGUGGUGGUUAAAGAAGAGCUUCUCCCUGACCAGCAGGAGUGGAGCACCAGUCUGGACCAGGAGGACCCAGAGCCCCCCCCACACAUUAAGCUGGAACAGGAGGAAGAGCAGCUUCAGGAGCUGGAGGAGGCUGAUAUCACCAAGUCCAUUUUCAUUCCUGACCCUGUGAAGAGUGAAGAUGAUGAAGAGAAACUUCAGUCCUCUCAGCCUCAUCAAAGACAAAAUGAACACAUGGAAACAGAAGCUGAUGGAGAUGACUGUGGAGGACCAGAACCAGCCAGGAACUCAGAUCCAGAGAACUCUUCUGAACCUGACACUGGAGACUCUUCUGAACCUGACACUAAAGACAGUGCUGAUUGGAAAGAGCCCAGAGAACCUGCCUCAGGCUCAAACUCACUGAAAAAUAGACAUGAAUCUGUCAGUGAUCCACAACGUAGUGCUGAAAAGAAACCAUUCAGCUGCUCAGUCUGUAAGAAAGCUUUUCCACAGAGUGGACAUUUAAAGAGACACAUGAGAGUCCACACAGGAGAGAAACCAUUCAGCUGCUCAGUCUGUAAGAAAGCUUUUCCACAGAGUGGAGAUUUAAAGAGACACAUGAGAGUCCACACAGGAGAGAAACCAUUUAGCUGCUCAGUCUGUAAGAAAGCUUUUCUACAGAGUGGAGAUUUACAAGCACACAUGAGAGUUCACACAGGAGAUAAACCAUUCACAUGUACAGUCUGUAAGAAAGCUUUUUCACAUAGUGGAAGUUUAAAGAGACACAUGAGAGUCCACACAGGAGAGAAACCAUUCAGCUGUACAGUCUGUAAGAAAGCUUUUUCACAGUGUGUAAAUUUAAAGAUACACAUGAGAAUCCACACAGGAGAGAAACCACACAGCUGCUCAGUCUGUAAGAAAGGUUUUUCACAGAGUGGAUAUUUAAAGAUACACAUGAGAAUCCACACAGGAGAGAAACCAUUCACCUGUACAGUCUGUAAGAAAGCUUUUUCACAGAGUGGAAGUUUAAAGGAUCACAUGAUAAUCCACACAGGAGAGGAAAAAUAGAUCUGCAAAGUUUGUGACAAAAGAUUUAAAUGGCGUAAUCGUUUAAAAAGACCAAGUGUGUUGGUAAGGGAAUACAUUUGUCUAUUUUGUAUCCUGAUGACCUAAUGCCAAUAUAUGUAAUACGUUACUCCCUAAGCCUGUUUUCACCCACCUACAACCGAUUCGCUAAUAAUCACAAAUGUUCAUUUCUUCGACCCCUUGAGACUAUUUAUUGUUUAAUAAUCGUUACAUCUCCUCAGGACCAAGUUCCCGUGUCCUGCCUUUCACCAGCUGAUCACCCACUGCUCAUUUAAGGUGGACUCACCUUUACAAGGGACCAGCUAGUCUUAGUGUCUUAAUGCUAACGUUUUGUAAAGUGAUGCGAGACCAACAACGUGCUGUUGGGCUGUGUGCUCUCUGCAGGACGGUGUCUGGACUCAAAGGUUGUUGAUGAAAUGAGAGCUUCAUUCUGUUUUUGUUGUCUAAACAACGCCAACAGAGCGAUAUGUCUUCUUUCCAGCAGAUGGCAUGCAUGUUACAUCAUGCAGUUCAACUGUCAUCCACAUAUUAGAGAUUGAAAACAGCAAUGUGUGAGAUAAGGCUAGUAAUUGACUAUUUCUACAGAAUGUGAAGAGGUUACAGUCUUGAGGCCAUGUCCAAUAUGUUUUGUUUUAUUACAUCGACUGAAAUGAG